AUGUUUUCUUUACUUCUAAUAACUUGUUACAUCGUUCUGACAGAAGCUUGUUCCAACUAUCCAUCUAUAGGAGUUGGAUCUUCAGAUGUUCUACAACCCCGAGCUCGUGGUCAAAGUACUCAUUUAGUAGCAAAUAAGCCGUCGACAAUUGUGUCUUCCACGGAUUUGAAUUGUUAUGAUUUCGAUGAUUCUUGCCGAUGGAAGAACAUGGAAGGAUUGUUCGUAGAUGAACUAGACUGGUUUCAGGGUUCUGGGAUAAUUGAUCAGCAACGGCUAUUAGUUGCUACCGGGGCUAGUACUUUCCCAGAAGGAAUGUAUGCAAUAGUCGGAACUGAUACUGCUCAGUUACCAACUGCUAAAGCUGUUUUUGUAAGCGACGUAAUAGGAUGUCAACGUGGUCCUGGGCAAUUGUCCUUCUUAUAUUGGACAACUCCUGAUGUCCGGCUGAAAGUUUGCGCAAAAACUUCCACGAGAAUAUUCCCGGACUUCUCGUACUGUAGUGCUAUGAUCGAAGGAGGAGACCCAGGACCCACGGAAAUCGCGAUCCCAGAGCAAGAGGGAUCGUUUCAAAUAUACAUCAUUGCCGAUAACUUUGUGUUUAGUGCUUUCAACAUGCAAGGAGGGUUUGCAAUAAUUGAUAACCUUGAAUACGAGGCAGAGCUAUGUGAGGAUAUUGAGAAACAGCCCUUAAAUAACGCUUUCGAUUCCUUCCCAAGUGGCGAACCCCUAUUUCCGAGUUUACCAGUGAAACCAAUCGAUGUUGAUACAACUCCCAAGCCUUUCAUUGCGAUUAAGUUUGGCAAAACACCAAAUCCUACAUUGAUUCCUGAGGAAGCAGUGAACAUGACACCAGCUGCUAACCAUGACUCGUUCUUGAAUCCAGCUGUGAUACAUCGAGAUGUUACUACAAGUAUGGUGGCAGCUUGUGAAGCUCUGACUUGCUCAUUCAAUAGCUCACAAACUUGUGUACAAUUCGCUGUUACAUCUUCCUGGAUGGUUUCUCGAAGACCUGUUGGAAACCCACUGACUGGUAUUAGAGGAGAUGCUUCAGACUUACCAUUCAACAAAGAUGGGUCGUUUGCUUUCAUAAAUGGACCAACAAAGUUCUCAAGGCUCAUAACUCCACCAUUCUAUCUGGACAGGAAUGCUCUGUUCGUCUUCUCAUAUCAUAAGGUUGAUAAGAACUCGAUGUUCCGUUUGCUUGCCAAGCGAUCGGAUAGCAGCCAAGAAAGUUUGUUAUUCGAAGCACCACAGAUUAAUAAGGAAUCUCGAAGAUGGUUCCGCGAAGGACGUGACCUGUUACGUGGCCAAUAUGAUUAUAUAGCUUUUGAAGUUCAGAAUCUGGCUGUUAAUAACUACAUGGGAGUGGAUGAAUGGAUGAUUGUCGAUGAAGGAAGAAGAGCCUUCUGUCAAUCAAGCAAGAAAAGCUAA